AGCGCAAUCGCGGGACCCGACUCGGGUCCAUUUGAAGAAAAAAAAAAUUUAAUAUGAUCAUGAUGAAAGCCGCUGAGAGGCAAUAUACAUUUAUUUACUUACUUACUUCUCCUCCGACUUCACUCUCUUCGGUGCCGCCUCAUAAAAUUCGUUAAGUUAAGUUGGUCAAGUUCGUAUUUUUCUUUAUUUUUAUCUUCGAUCAAACUUCGGGUUUUACUCCCACCUUAUUUCUCUUCAACCUUCUUCCGAUGUUCAGGUUUUGGCCUCAGCAAGAGUAACAUCAAGCUCCUGGUCCAAUCACCUCCCCCAUCCCCCCCGGCUACGAGCCGUCAACGAUAUGAAAGCAGUCGGAUAACCUGCUACAAGUUCUCACCCUGUAUUCUCACAUCUUUCGCCAGCCGCUUUCGCGGGCUUCAGCGCGAAUACCUAGCAGAGCUACGAUAUGGAAUCGCGAUAACCUCUUCGUGGGCCGGGGGGCCACCAAGCACCUUUCCGCCGUUGCUGUAGCUGUCACUGCUGCUGCUACAAUGCCGAACGAACUACGGAAUGGCAGUUUCCGUCUUGAUCCUCCUAUAUAUUACCCCCCAAAUUCGCCCCAGAGAGCAGGAUCAGGCGAGGGUAUUUCUCUCCCUCAUCUGUUCUAUGCGUCGCCACUUAUCACUGAAGUUGCUACGUCUGAUCUCACGGAUUCAGAUCCUACUGGAGCCUCUACGGCGGUACCAGUAAAGAUGACAGUACCAACCGAAGAAGAGGCCAAAUUUCUGAGACCGGUCCCACCGAUUCAGCUCUCAAAUAAGAUUCAUGUUGUUGGCUUCGAUGCACACGCAAAGUUCAUUACCCACGCUCUCGCUGCUAAUCCUAAAUUACCUCCGGUUCAGAUUCUCACCCACAAUCCGCUACCACUAAAGACGUGGGGACAAGAAGGCAGAGCUAUCAAUAUUCAUGAUAGUAGAGGGCACCCCUUAUCUACCCGAAAUAUCAUUUGUCCAGACUAUGUUAAUCCAUUCCCUUGGAGGACGCGAGGUCUCAAGCCUAUUCUGCACAAUAUCAUUGUGAGCACCACGUCUAGGGCCCUCCUUCCUACCUUAUACGCGCUGCGUGACCGCAUUGACCGUCGAACAACAAUCUGCCUGCUUGAACCAGGGCUCGGGGCGGUGGAAGCGCUAAACGAGGGAGUUUUCCGAGUGCCCGCUCUGCGGCCGAAUUAUGUGAUCUGCCACAGUACUCAUAAACUUUCGAAGCAUUCUUACUAUAAAUAUUCUUUGCGACACAUACCUGGGCGCUUAUAUCUCUACGCGGUUCCUAGGGACGAUGAAGAUGAGGAGAUUGACAGGGUGAUGUCUCAAAUACUUGGGAGCCGACAUACUCAACACAUGAUCAAUCUCCUCUCUGCUGCCACCGAACUCGAUGCGGUCAGCACAAGCUGGAUAAACAUGCUGAUACAUAAGUUACCCGAUAUGAUGUUUGAGUCCCUGGCCGAUACCCUUUCCGCCGUAUUGGAUUGUAGGUAUGGUCUCGUUAGGUCCAAUCGCAAUGCGAUGGGUCUAUGGCACGAGCUAUUCGAGGAGACGGUAAACAUCAUCUCGUCUCUUCCCGAAUUUCAGAACCAUCGCAAGAAAUUCCGGUUUCUACACGAAAGGAAAUUUGGCACAGAUCUCAAAGUUAGGUUAGAGAGACAAGAAAGCGAGUAUAGCAAAUGGAUAGGCCAGGUCCGGCGUGGGCGACAACCACCUGUCCCGUACGUCAACGGCUACUUCGUGAGGCGUGCCCAGGAGGUGGGAGUAAGCCAUGAGACUAACAGCCUAGUUAUGUCCAUGGUUGAAGCAAAGGUGGAAAGCAGACGUAAGAUGUACCAGAUUCCGUUUAAUCUUGUGCAAGAUUACGAUGAUUAGAAACUGCCGGAUCGCAGUAUGGCCCGAAUAUAGAUAGACGUCGGGGGCUAAAAUCGGUAUUGUAUAUAGUGUACACUUACACAUAACGCUUGUAUAACGAAUUAGAAAUGUCGUUAGAUUCUGUUUAAAUUAUAAGGCAUCGCCUCUACGUUAGAGACAUUGGAUAUUGGCAUACUCGUCUCCUGGUAACUGCUCACCAGCUCACCGCAGAUCAAUACAUACUACACAAACUACAAAAUAUAAAUAGCAAUUGCACAAUAAAUAUACUUAUCCAAGUUUUAAAAC